AUGGCGUUGCCUUCGGGCUCGAUUGCUUUCAUAGGCCUGGGUGUAAUGGGCUAUCCGAUGGCCAUGAAUUUACGCAAGAAGAUUGACGCUGAUCGCACACUGAUCGUUUGCGAUGUCAAUCAGGAUGCCGUCAAACGUUUUCAGGAGCAGACUAAAGGGUUGGGUCCCGUGAAGGUUGUUGGGACGGCGUAUGAAGCUCUUCAAGAAGCGCAUCUGGUUCUCACAAUGCUCCCGUCCGAUGCAGCUGUCAAGUCUGUAUAUCUGGAUCCUCAAAGUGGCCUUUUCGCCGCAGCGAAGCCUACUGGAGAUGCUGGAACCCGGAAGUUGCUCAUGGAGUGCGGAACUGUUGCUCAAGCCACGAUCUGGGAGGUCAGCCAGAAGUCCAAAGACUACAACGUGACUUUCAUCGAUGCACCUGUCUCCGGAGGUCCAAUGGGAUCUCAGGCCGGCACAUUGAGCUUCAUGGUCGGCUGCAAUGAAGACUUGUUCUUGCCUGUGAAAGGCCUCCUCUCGCUCAUGGGCAAAGAAGACACAAUUUUCCGUUGUGGUGAGGUCGGCAGUGGUACGGCAUUCAAGAUCAUCAACAACUACAUCUCGAUUAUAAGUAUACUGAGCGUGUCCGAGGCUCUCAAUAUCGCCGAUAAAAUGGGCCUCGAUAUGCGAUUGCUUGUAGAUCUGAUUAACAGCAGCAGCGGGCAGUGCUGGGUGUCCUCGAAUAAUAACCCAGUCCCAGGUAUACACCCGAACGCGGCAGCGAGUCAUGAUUACGAAGGAGGCUAUCGAAUUGAGCUAGCUGAGAAGGUGCUUCGUCUCGGGAGUGAGUUGGCGGAGAGUGUGGGUGCACCCACUUUUCUUGACAAGACUGCGUUGGAAGUAUAUGCAGCGGCUGGCUCUAAAUACGCGGGCAAGGAUGCGCGCGUUGUGUAUAAGUGGUUGAAUGAGCUUUCGAAGUCGAAUUCCUAG